AUGACUACCACUACCACGCUGGGCACCUCCAACUUGCGAGGCGGCCCAUCUCGCUUGACUCGAAUCAACCCUGCUAGAGCCUCGAAGGGCCUGGGAUCGACCCUCCUGCGCCAGAACUCACUUGUCUCCAACAGUGGUCUUGCUCUGGCAUCCUCCUCCAACGCCGUCGCCUCGCAGAACCAGAAUAACAAUGACCCGCCGGGCAUGUACCCCGCCAUUACUCAGUUCGCCGAUGCGAUUGCCGCUUUGCCUCGAGAAUAUCGUCGCCACACUUCUUUGUUGAAGGAAGUCGACGCAAAAGCGUGGGGUCCCGAGGGAAAUCUACAAGACAUCUUGGAGCAGUGUUUGACCGACAGUGCAACCGCAACGAGAAAUCUAGCUGCUGCUUCUCAGAGCCUGACUGGCUCCGUGGCAGCAGAUGAUGCUCCCAAUCUCAGCGAAGCGAACAGCGUCGCCGGUACCUCGUUUGACAACGCCUCCCUUGCCUCCGCCCGCUCGGCCGACCCUACCAUCAUGCAGCGAAGACAACAAUAUCACGCCUUAAGACAAAAUCUCAUGGCGAUCAUGGUCACCAUGGAUGAAAAGAACCACGUCAUCAACAAUGCCAAUGAAGAGGUGGCCAGGCACAUUCGCAGAUUGGAUCGCAUCUGGCCGCACAUCGCCGAGGAGAUCUCGGAGGAAGCGAGGUUGGGAAGCCUGAAGCAUUGGGCUUAUACCGAGACGAAUCCCGUAAAGAAGCCUACUGCGCCUACUACCCGGAGAGAGGCUGCGGCUGCGGGUCUAGCCACUCUGCAUGAGAGCGAAGUCGCGCAUCGGAGUGAAGCUCGAAGAGAGGCGCUCCUUGCCAGGAGGCAGCGGGUGGCGGCGCAUCAUGCAGAUUCCGACUUCGAUGACUCGAGACCGCCGCCACGGAAAACCACCACCGGCGGUAAGAAGCGGGUGGCUGAGGCUGCCCCAGAUGCCGCUGGCCUGGGCAUCUCCGGCGCCGGCACAGGGAAGAGGAAGAGACCCGAAAAACCUGCAACCGCGGCUGUGGCCAUGGAACGUUCGAUCAGUAGUGCGCUCGGAGGCCGCCCAAUGUCCAGAGAGAAUUCACAGCAGGAAAAUGCGAAGAAGAGAAAGGCUUCGGCAACCGCUACCUCUGUGGCUCGGAAACGAAUCAACGCUGCGACUCAAGACUCGCCCAAGGUUGCCUCCUCACCGCUCGCUGGGACAACAGGGAAAGAAGCUUAUAAGAGAAGUCCUGCACUCUCCGCAGUCCGCCCCGCAGCGGGACGAGGACGCCAGAAUUCUACACAUACAGUCGAAAGCGCGAAAGGCAGGCCUUCUUCCCUGACGUCGAGCAGAAAUGGAAAUGGCAACAAUGUCACUGCUAGUGCAUCGGAGCUGAGCAGCUCGGCUGCCGUCAGCGGAAAGAGCGCAAGUGAAGUCAAGAAUAUUAUGAAGGACACGAAGGCCGAUAAAGGAGAGCGACUGGUUGAAGAGGAGUCUGCAAGCCUGAACGGUGUAACUAACGAACAUCCGGCUAAAGGUGCCGCAUCAGCGGACAAGUCCUCCAGCAAGCAAGAUGCCCCCAGGGGCGACCUUCAAGACGAUGCAUCUACGAAGGGGACAGCAUCGCCUCGUCUGUCACUAGCUCUGCAGACGAAUGAACUGAAGAAUGAGCGCUUAGGAAGAGGUAGAGCCUCAAAGACGUCAACACCCAUUGCAGGGACGUUCAGCGAGGCCGAAGCAGCAGAGACUUCGUCGACAGCCGGAAAUGGUGGCGCUGCUAAUAAGACCAAACGACCUGCCAGACCGAGAGUGAAGGAUCACGGUCUCCACGAUUCACUGUCACCUAAAGGAUUGCCAAUGAAACGACCUCACAAAAAGAGUGGCAGUCUAUCGUUCCCUUCCACAACGGGCGCCACGAACAACAAUCAACGCUUGAAAGAUGAGACCGACCCCCCAACAAAGUCCUCCACCCCGUCAGAGCGUGACUUGGUUCUGAACAGCACCGCGGACAAUGUCGGUGCGGGAGAGGUGGACGAAGAGGACGAAGAAAACGAGGGGGCGGAGGAAGACGAGGAACGAUAUUGUUAUUGCCAGGGCGUGAGUUAUGGAGAGAUGGUCGCGUGCGAUAGGGACGAUUGUCCAAGGCAAUGGUUUCACUUGGAGUGCAUUGGCCUGAAAAGCGUGCCCAAGAGCGCCAAGUGGUAUUGUGAUGAAUGUAAAGAGGUCCUGGCCAGGAGUGAGAGGGGCGGCGGGAAGGCAAAAAAUGGUGGCAAUGGAAAUAAUGGAAAGUAA